AUGCGGCUGCGAGAGCAGCAAGGCAACGGAGCUCGAGGCAACCGUUCCCUCCUCUGCUCUGCACAUGUGAACAUCUUCAUCGCUGAUUAUCUGGAAGCCAAUUCAUACUUGCAUCAUAGCUUGUCAACCUUCACUGCAAUUUCUACACGCCCCAAGGCCGUGCUGCCUCUAUCGGCUACUUUCAUUGGAUCAGAUGUAGCCUUGGCUACCUCCUUCCCGUCCAAGAAAACUCAGCCUUGCAUUCGCAUUCCAUGCAACUAUGCAACCCGUCCAACGCAGCUGUAUGUAUCUAAGCCUGUGGGCUCUAUCCACUGUACGAUCAUUUUCACAGCGUUUUUACCUCACUCAAAGGGCUUCGGUGUCAAGUCAUUCAGCAGCUGCAGCUCUACAAUCCUCUUUCAUUCGAUUAUUGGGGGUAGCCAGGGUUACGACAGGCCGGACCUAAUCUGGCGUGCUGCGGACAUGGUGACGGCCAUGACCCAUACUACUACUUCCUCUCUUCUCGGGCGCAUGCGGACAUCCCUUUCUGAUCGCACGGGUGGCUUCUUGAAGAACGAGGCGAUGCUCGACUGGCACCCCAUUCUGGGGCUGGUUGUCAACACUGCAAUUUUGGCCGCUCACCAGGCUUCAAAGACUGCAAUCCUUGGGCAUAGUUGUACGUGGAUUUACCGCACGUGCUUCUUCUUCCCGAUCCUUGAUACCUCCAUGUUCAUAUGA